AUGGGUCGGCCGAAGAAAUGUCAAGAUGCUCCAAGUGCCACUGAAUCACGUAGGAGAUCUGCAGAUAGUCUAACCUGGAAGGAACAUUUUGUGGGCCGCCUCAAGACUUUCCUCUUGUUCUCCCUGGAUAAUGGGCUGUGCAUAGGACUUGCCAUACUACAUGACCUCACGUGGUUUUCAUCGUACAACAUUCUUUAUCAGGAUCAGCCGAGCCAAGCGUCGUUACUCGAUUAUUUCCUAAAGAACUUCAUGUUGUUAGUGGUCAGUCAGUUCGUCCUGCCAAACGAGCAGGUUAUCAGCACACUAGCCGGAUACUCCUUCCUCCUCUCAUGGCUGGCCAUCUCGCAGAACCUUCCCAACAUCGAUUCCAGUGGCGACGCGUCGAAAAUCUUCAUGGAGCACGUCAAGUGUUCGCUCAAUUUGUUUCAAAAGUUGUUCAUUUUUAAGACGGUCAAAAGCGUUAUGCGUAGAAUCGCAUAG